AUGAACGCAGAAACCGCCGCAGCUGCGAAUUCAAAAGCUGCAAGAAAGCUGAAAUGGGGCGGCCAUUUCGCGUUUUCAUCGACUUGUGUUGCGACGGAGUGUCUACGCAGCCGUUUAUCUGAUGCAAUAACAGGAAAAUCUACAGGUUUCUGCUGCCUCACGAGCUUCUUGAUGACGCUAACAGAAGAAGAAAGAGAAAAAUAUGAAGGGUUUCUACUGCAGUGCCAUCGACUUGCAAAGGGGAAAUCACGAAACCCCAAAAAAGUUGAAUUUGCAAAUUCUGUGGAUAUCUUCAGAGCCAAGCGGCAGCAGCAGCUGACGUUUCUGCAGCACCAGCAGCAGCAGCAGCAGCAGCAGCAGCAGCAGCAGCAGGUGCUGCUGCAGCAGCAGCAGCAGCAGGUUGGAGGAUCACAAACGAAAAAAGAUAAAACAAAAGCAGCAAAGGCAAAAGAUGCUGCAACAGCAGCAGAAGAGGAGAAGGAAAUAGACAAGCAAGAAGAAACAACACAAAAAAACAAACAAAAAGAAAUAACAAAGAAAUACAAACAAAAAGAAAAAACAAAAAAAGAUAAACAAACAGAAACAACAAAGAACCCAAGACGCAAUAAAAACAAAACAAACAAACAGAUAGAAACAAAAAGCACAAACACAGCAGAAGCAGAAAAAGAAGAAAAAGAAGAAAAAGAAAAUAAAGAAAAAGAAACAGAAGAAAAUGGAAAUGAAGAAAAAGAAAAAGAAAGAAAAGAAAAAGAAAAAGAACAAAAAGAAAGAGAAGAAAAAGAAGAAAAGGAAAAAGAGGAAAAAGAAGAAAAAGAAAGAGAACAAAAAGAAAAAGAAGAAAAAGAAAAGGAAAGAGAACAAAAAGAAAAAGAAGAAAAAGAGAAAGAAGAAAAAGAAGAAAAAGAAAAGGAAGAAAAAGAAGAAAAAGAGAAAGAAGAAAAAGAAAAAGAAGAGAAAGAAAAAGAAGAAAAAGAAAGAGAGCAAAAAGAAAGAGAAGAGAAAGAAAAAGAAAAAGAAGAAAAAGAAAAAGAAAAGAAGAAGAAAGUUGAAUGCAUGCGCAAUACAGAGGAGAAGGCAGCAGCAGCAACAGUAUCUAACUCAAAUAAAACAGAACAGUAA